UACCGUAUCAACAUGUCGGCUGUACUAUUGUUGCUGGUCAUCCUGAUAGUGUACGCGUUAACGCAAGCGUACCGCAAGCGUCGUCAGCUUCAUCGAAUUGCUGCCCACUUUAGCUAUCCGAAACCGCACUGGCUGCUCGGCAAUGUGAUGGAGUAUCCGGCGAACGAUAUACCCGGCAUCUUCGAAACUAUGGUGGCACUACACGAACAGUACGGGCAGGAUCUCUUCAACUGGGGUCUGCUGAACGAUCACAUGAUCAUCGUCAGCAGUGCCACCAACGUCGAGAAGGUGGUGAUGGCGAAGAAAACGGAAAAGUCCUCCUUCUACGACUUUAUCGAACUUUGGCUGGGCAAGGGUUUGCUCAUCUCGAGCGGCGAGAAGUGGUUCCAUCGGCGGAAGAUCAUCACCCCAACGUUUCACUUCAAGAUUCUGGAAAGCUUUGUGCAUGUGUUCAACCAGGAGGCUGAGAUACUGAUCAACAAGCUGCGCCAGCAUGCCAACACUGGCCAUGAGUUUGACAUCUACGAACCGAUCUCGCUGUACGCGCUGGACAGUAUCUGCGAAACGUCGAUGGGUGUGGAGAUCGAUGCGCAACGCCAUCCGGAGAACCAGUACGUGCGCGAUGUGAAGCGUAUGAGUGAGCUGAUAUUGCUUCGCAUUUUCCAUGUGCUAUCAUCAUUCCCAAAAACCUACUGGUACACGAUGCCGAACGCUUGGGAGCAGCGAAAAUUGAUUCGACGGCUGCACGCAUUCACGGACUCGGUGAUUCAAAAACGUCGCCAGCAGUUGAAGGUGAAAGAUAGCAAAGCUCCUGAGGUUCAGGAUGAACCUGAAGAGGAAAAUCUUUACACCAAGCGUAAAGAAACGUUUCUAGAUCUGCUGCUAAACGUUAGAGUUGAUGGUAAUUCACUGAGUGAUCUGGAUAUACGAGAGGAGGUGGAUACGUUUAUGUUCGAGGGUCACGACACCACCACGUCCGGGAUUGCGUUUACCUUCUAUCAACUAGCAAAGCAUCCCGAGAUUCAAGAGAGACUCUAUCAAGAGAUUCAAGACGUUCUUGGACCGGACUUCCGAUCGGUUCCGCUCACUUACAGCACGCUCCAGAACUUCCCCUACCUGGACAUGGUAGUCAAGGAGUCCUUACGUUUACUGCCACCUGUUUCGUUCAUCGGUCGGCGUCUAGUGGAAGACAUUGAGAUGAACGGUGUGACGGUACCAGCCGGUACUGACUUCACCAUUCCCAUCUACGUCAUCCACCGGAACCCGGCCAUUUAUCCCGAUCCGGAGCGGUUCGAUCCGGAACGCUUUUCGGACACCAACACUCAGCGCCGUGGACCGUACGAUUACAUCCCGUUCAGUAUCGGGUCACGGAACUGCAUCGGUCAACGAUACGCACUGUUGGAGAUGAAAGUCGCUAUCGUACGUAUGGUUUCUUACUAUCGAAUACUUCCCGGUGACACAAUGCACGAGAUACGUCUCAAAACGGACCUGGUGCUGCGUCCCGACAAAGCAAUACCAAUAAAGCUCGCUGCACGUCCAUGAUUGGCU